AUGGAAGGGCGGUGUUUUACACGUGUGUUUGUAAAUAAGGGGUGUUCGUACAGAACAAGGAUUAAGUUCGUGAAACCUGACCACGACGAUUCCAUUCAGGACUGCACAGUGGGAAAAGACGAUUUUUUAGAGGAAAUCAGCGUAAUUGAUGGAUUUGUUGAAUUAACGGGCAUAGAUAGUCAUAAAAUAAGGUCACUUUUAUCGGGAGAUACACAUAUUUCUGACAUUCCUGAACUUGACUACACAGUGAGUCCUUCCUCAAUAAUUGACCAUAUAGAAUGUUCUCGAGCAAAAGACUAG